AUGUCCCUAACAAACCCACCCCAGGUCCUCCUCUUCGACGUCUUCGGCACCGUCGUCGAAUGGCGCACCAGCGUAACCAACGCCCUCCGCAGCGCCCUCUCCACCAACCCCUCCACGCCCGCCGAUAUAGACUACCUCUCCCUCGCCGAAGAAUGGCGUAAAUCCUACUCCCACUUCACGCGGACCUUCGACCCAACCACGCAGCCCUUCGUCUCCGUCGACGAGCACCACUACACCUCCCUAACCGCCAUCCUCGCCCGCCGCUUCCCCGACCUCGCCGCCACCCUGUCCGACGCGCAGCGCCGCGAUCUCGCAACCUGCUGGCACCGGCUGGAGCCGUGGGCCGAUUCCGCGCGCGGGCUGCACGAUCUCAACAGCCGGUUCCGCACCGCGACGCUGUCGAACGGGAAUGUCGACUUGCUGCGCGAUCUGGCGGCGUACGGUGCUCUGCCGUUCGUGGAGAUCGUCAGCGCCGAGCAUUUCGGCGCGUAUAAGCCGGCGCCGGCGGUGUAUCGCGGCGCCGCGGCAAGGUUCGGUGUAGAACCCGGGCAGUGUGCGAUGGUUGCGGCGCAUCUGCAUGAUCUGAAGGCGGCCAAGGCGUGCGGCCUCCAGACUAUCUAUGUUGCGCGGCCGCUGGAGGAGAAUGGGGAUGAGGAGGCGGCCCGCGCGGAGGGGUUUGUGGAUAUGUGGGUGGACGAUGACGCAGCGGAUAAAGACCAAAUCUACCGCCACGCUGACGCAGACGGCCACUUCCGCCGCAAAGACUCGGUCUUCCGGUCGUUCGUCUCCCCAGACGCCGACGCCGAGUUCCCCGCCGAACGGGACCGGUACGUGCUGUACCUGGCGUACGGAUGUCCCUGGGCGCACCGGACGAACAUCGUGCGCACGCUCAAAGGGCUCGACGACAUCAUCCAGCUGGUGGUGCUGGACCCGGAGCUGGGGCCGGAUGGGUGGUUCUUCAGCGGGCGCUGGGGAUCAGCGGAGCGCGACCCGCUGUACGGCUUUGGCCUCCUGCGCGAGCUGUACUUCAAGGCCGAUCCAAACUACACAGGACGGUACACGAUCCCCGUGCUGUGGGACAAGAAACGGGAGACGAUCGUCAGCAACGAGAGCAGCGAAAUCAUCCGCAUGUUCUACACGGCGUUUGACGCGCUGCUGCCGCCGGCCUGCCGCGAGUCGCACCAUCCCGCUGGCGGGCUGUACCCGGCGCAUCUGCGCGGCGAGAUCGACGCCAUGAACGAAUGGGUCUACGACAAGAUCAACAACGGCGUGUACAAGACCGGCUUCGCGACCACCCAGGAGGCCUACGACGCCAACGUGUACCCGCUGUUUGAGGCGCUCGACCGCGUCGAAGACCACCUCGCCCAGCCGGGCCACCAGCCGUACCUGUUUGGCGAGCACAUCACCGAGGCGGAUGUGCGUCUGUACACGACCAUCUGUCGGUUCGACGUGGCGUAUUAUCUGAUCUUCCGGUGUAACCUCAAGAUGAUCCGCCACGACUACCCGCGCAUCGAUAGCUGGUACCGACGGUUGUACUAUGACGAGUCGGAGCGCACGCGCGGCGGUGCGUUCAAAAACACGACCUUCUUUUGGAUUGUGAGUGAUGUGGCUGUCAAUGCGGAUAGGGCUGACCUUGGCAGUAUAAAUAUAACUACCUGA